AUGCACGAGAAGAAACUCUCGGUCAUGUCCAAUGGCAGCGAGGACUUCUCCGUGCAGCGCCAGAGCAUGCUCCUCCGCGAGCUCGAGAUGCUGCUAGAUCUGAACCCCCGGGAACUGAGCUCCAACCUGCUGGCGCUGCCCCGAGAAUUGCGGAACCGGAUAUACGACUUUGCGCUCCCGGAAAUCACGAAUGGGCACCGCCCCGAGCUGCACACCUGUCUGUGGGGAGCAGACAUGGUGCACGAACCGUGGCGACACGACAUCUUCGGGUACGGGUACGGCGUCCCCAAGAAGCACAGGUUUCAUCCGCACCUGCAGAUGAUCAACCGCCAGCUGCGCACCGAGAUGCUGGCGCGGUACUUCCGCCGCAGCAAGCUCACGCUGCACGCGGAGCUGCGCAACUCGCAGAACAACAACGGCCACUUCGAGCACAGCCCCCACAUCCUGCGGCUGCCCAUGCUCAAAUUCGUCACGCACAUCCGGUUCUACGUGGAGUGGAAUUACACGGUGCUCUCCAAGAACGAUCGCAUCGACGACCAGAUCCGCAUCGCGAAGGACCUUAUGGCGACCAUGGACACGCUGCUGACCUCCCUCGAAGCCGUCGAGAACAUCGAGUUAUCCGUACUCUUCUUCUGGAAACUGCGCUCGGGGAAGCACUACAUGCUGUCCAUGCAGGACCUGUUCGACCUCGAGGACGUGUUCAAACGCCACGCAGAGUCGCGCUGGCUGCGCAUCCUGCGCUCCAACAACUCCACCGUGACGUCGCCCAACCCUUCUGCGGGGGUAGGGUACAAGUUGUCGUCCGAGGACAAGGGGACGGACCAGUCAGGCGGAAUGGAGAUCUUCGUGAGCCAGGAUCUGGAAGAGGCGAUGCGGAGCAAGCGCAAGAGCAUGAUUGACUUUUACGGGAACUAUGGAAUUUCAGAUCCGCUGCCGCAUCCGGCGUAUGAGCAUGGGAAGAUGAUAUGA